AUGGCAACAUCUAAAACGACAAAUGAUCAAGUUAUUCAAGGUUUAUCUAAAUUAAUUAAUGAUUCAUCAACAGAUGAAAAUGAAAAAAUUAAAUAUAUACACAAACGUAUUUACAUGAAUUAUGAGAAAAAAAAAUGGAUUAAUGUCAUUGAAGAUGUUAAUUUAUAUCAAAAAAUGACGAAGUCCAAAAAACUUGAAAAAUUAAAAAUUAAAAGUGAAUUUCAACAAUUUUGCCAUAAAUCUCGAAUGGCAUUUAUCGAAAUAGCAGAUGAUAGUGAUAUCGAUGAUGAUGAACGUGAACGUUUUUCUCUUACUUUAAGUGCAAAACAUGCUGACGAUUUCAUUAAUGGUCGGUUUGUUUACGAACCGAAUAAAAAAAGAAAAACAUCACUUGAAUUAAUUGAACCAGAUAAUCGACCAUUUACACAAUUAUUAUUCAUAUCAUUUAGUGAUAUUGAUCGUCUUUAUUAUUUAACAAAAAAAAUUAAAUAUGUACCAUAUUUUUAUCGAUGUGACUUACCUAGGAUAACUAUAUCAUUAUUUUGUUUACAACUAUUUAAUUCAUUUAUUCGUAUACCAAGACAAUUUGGAGAGCAACAUUAUCAAGAUAUAAAUAAAUUAUUAUUUGGUGUUGGUGGACAACAUUUGUUCGAUCGUUUAUUUUCUCUUCAUGGUCUUGAUUUAACAUCAUCAUUACAAAUUCUAAUUGAACUAAAUGUUCGUUAUUCAUUUAUGUAUCUUUCUUAUUUAUUUAUAUCAUCGGCACAAGUGUUAAAUUUAUAUGAUGAAUAUUUUUGUACAUGGUUUGAUGAAGAUGAUUUAAUGAUAUCAUUAAUAAUUUAUGGUUCACGUAAAUCUGAUAUAUUACUUGGACAAACAACGAAAGAAUAUAAUGAAUUAUAUACACGUUUAAUUGAACGUAAGUUUAAAUUAAUAGCUAAAACUCACACAUAUGCAUCAUGUUGA